GUGCAACUUGUUAUUAAGAUUGAUCCUAGGACAAGGGCCCAUGUGAAAAGAAUAGGUGGAGAGUAUUUGGCACCCAAAAGAGCAUACCUAGGUACUUACUUCCAUGACCAACAUGCACAUGCCUAGUACCCGUGUUUUUGCUUGCGCAUGUGGUCGCGGUUGUCGGAUCCAGAACGAGCAAGAAUAAUUCCUCGCAACAUCCGAGACUGUCCAUUCGCUGAUUCGAGUCGAGCGAUAAAGUCCUGUCUUUGGAACGAGUCCCACGCUUUUAUUCCCCAUUUGAUGUAGCUCUUCUUGGGAAGAAUGCAGCCUAUCAGCAUACGUAGCUUUUCAGCAGUUGUUUGUCUACUUGUCUGCUGUGGUACGACUCACGCUGAGGACAAAUUCGAGUGGUUUCGGUGUGACAGCUGUCGCGCAACUUUUCAUCAGAUUGAUAAGAAAGUUAUGGAAAAGGAAGCGAUCAUUUGCUUUUGGAGCUUUUCACUGGCAUACUCGUUGGAGUAGUAGAAGUGUGCCUAUCUUCAUCUUCUAAGUCGUCUUUUUCUUCCUCGGUCGUCAAGCUUUUUUGUCUCGUGAAGAUCAUGAUCUCCCACUUCUGAAACCUAGAAAUUUUUAUUUCCUUCUUUUGUAGUCAUGCUCUUACAAAAAAAUACAAAAAUCCUUCACAGAUUUUUACCCGGUCUAUGAGACUCUAAACCAUUUUCCGACUUGACUCCCUCUCGACGGCGAAACUUCAAGAGCUACGAGUUUCUCGAGUUGGUUGAAGAUGUCUGUGAAAAAUUUGACAAGCGCACCUACGGCGUGAAGCAGUAUGAGGGGAAGUAUUAAGGCAAAAAAUAUUUGCGCCUUGCUGGGUAGUACUGUUGGAAUUGUGUCGUCCCGCUGGUAGCCUAGGAGUACUCCUCGGUCGGAAUGCCAAUUUUUAAUCAAUCACCUUGGGAAGCGUCUUGUUAAUCCUAGGAAGGCGCGUCUUUGGCUCCUUUUUCGAUGGAAAAAGGCGUCAAAGAUGCUGACUGUUCAAGAUGAAUCAUGUAGGUAACAAGGUCUAACAGUACUACCUGUUCGGGCCUGGCAUCAUUGACCACUUGGGAGACGACAAGGGAUUUGGUCAGAUGGGCAUGGGAGACUACGACCAACGUAUGCAGAGUUACUUUAUGGUAAACAUUUAGUUUUCGUUACUCAUGAUACUCCUUAACCCCAUCAAGGAUCGUAAGGGUAGGCGUACUUUUAUCACGAUUGGGGGACUGUAUCGUCCCGGCGGUAGACUAGGAAAACUACUUGGGAUGACAAUUUAUCAAACGUCUACGGAUCUUCAGGGGCGCUUCUAGUAGUUGACAGGCUAUAAAUAAACUAAUAUAGUGAGGAUACAACCCUUCGUUCCUUCUAAAGGAACUUGAAGUCUUCGUUCUAACGACUGUCACAUGUUCGCGGAAAAAGUAGGCGAAGACAAGCUCAUGUCCAUGGCAGGUAUCGGACAACAUGCGGAAGCGGCGAGCAGUAAGGGGAUUUUAUGCAACAGUCCUGAUGUACUCCUCUACAAGCACAGAAAUUAUUAAUCUUCUGUGCCUUUUGUUUUCGCAGUCCUUAAAUCUAACCCUAAAUAAAUAUGAACAUGGAGAUUAACGGACGAGCAGUAGCAGGAGGGAUCUAAGACUGAUACAACCAUCAAUCUCAAUUUUUCUGCACUACAGUCUGACGCUAUCAGGUGUCUAACAAGUGAUUUCCUCUAAUGCCCGACGUGCAGGAGCUGUGCAACGUUGAGUGUGCCAGUUCAAUGAUUAAGGCUACAAGAAAUCCAUCUUCACAGGCAUCCCGGUCCCGUUUUUAAAGGGAAAAGGGGACCCAAGAUGCUGCUGAAGCUGGACUUCUACGGUUUAGGUCUAAAAUGAGCGGCGCCUCAGAUCCAGAGGAAGUGACGAAAAAAAGGAAGCGAGACAAGGGAAAGAAGAGCCGCAAGAAGAUCGAGAAGCAGAACAAGGGUGAGUCAGGAAAUGGUGAUGGAGGUACACCUACUGUUUCCACUUCUACUGGUACUUCUAAGGGUCAUGUGAAGACUUCAGGCACUCCUUCAGGUUCCUCGGGUGCUGGUGCGAGUGGAGGACGAAUGCAAGACGAUAGAAGAAAUAAUGAUAAAGGUACACCCUCAAGAGCAUCAACAACUCAACAUAGCAAGACGCCAUCGUCUGUGGGUCGCGGAGAAACACAACCGCGUCUAGAAAAAAACAAAGAAGAGAAGACAGCCUUUCGGUCCGCACUGGCUUCUAGUCCUGCUACACUGGCAUUGGCGGACAUGCAGGGAGCUUUAAAGAGCAUGAGAGUGUCCGAUUUACAGAAGCUGUCGUCUGCUAUAACUGAAGAACUUGCUUCAAGGGUACGCGCCUCUGCGGACGAGCUCUGAUUAAUGAUUGGGAGAUUGGGAAGAUGAUCAUUAUGUCGGGUUCUUCUUCCUGAUGAUCAUGAUUUAGGUUUCAUCUUGUUCCACAACAGCUUUAUUCACAAGAAACAACUGUCAGAAUGAAUUGUGUACUAUAAAAGCUCUCAGGCUGUGCAUCUUCGGAAAGAU